ACGAAAACACUUAAACUGUGUAAAAUCUAAACAAAAUGGUACAAAGUGACGAAACUGUGACUAUUACAGACACCACCAAGUUACUCGAAGAUGUCGCAUCUCUGUACCUCAGCCAGAAAUUUUCUGAUAUUACGUUACUCGUCGAUGACCAAAAACUAUACGCUCACAAGGUGAUUCUGGCCAUGAGGAGCGAGUACUUUGAAUCUUUACUUUACGAAGAUCCGCAAAACACAAACCAGACCGAAAUAACAAUAACCGGUGUGACUUUUGACGCUUUACGUAGUCUAUUGAAAUACAUUUAUACAGGUACCAUCGCUGUUUCCUCCGAUGUUGAGUCAUCCCUUGAGAUAGUAGGACUUGCCCAUCAAUAUUCAUUCACCGACAUCCAAACUACCAUCAUUAAAAAACUAAAACCUCUUCUAAAUUUGAAAAAUGUUUGCGCCGUCCUGAACACUGCCAAUCUCUACGAAUUAGAAGAACUGCUCGAAGCCUGCCAUUCUUUCAUGGACCUUAACGCAUCUGAAGUCGUCACUAGUGACUGUUUCACCGACCUGUCUCAAAAAUCGAUGAUUAUACUUUUACAACGCAAUAAUUUUGUUGCUCCCGAAAUCGAAAUUUUCAAAAACGUGGCUAAGUGGUGCAACGUUCACAACGACGUUGAUGAUUUAGUUAAACAGUGUGUUCGUUUAUCGUCGAUGACUGUCGUGGACAUCGUAAGUACAGUCUGGCCUUCGAAACUAUUCGACUGUGAAAAGUUGUUACAAGCCAUUGCCGAGAUCGUUGGCGUCAAAGCAAAAACUUCCACUUCUAGAGGGUUCUAUCUUUUGGAUGAAAAUCUAGCAACUGCUCAACAUAACGCUGAAGUGAUUCUUGGAACAAAUACAGCUUGGUUGUUGACAGGUGGUGGAAAAGUAGAAAGUAAGUUUGCUUACCAUAUUAUAGACGGCAAAAGUGGGAUUAUUGUGAAGCUCGGAGCUCCAUCCUUUGUCAACCACAUCAAACUGAGACUCUGGGAUGGCGAUACACGCUCUUAUUCUUAUAACAUUUCGGUUUCACUUGAUCAGAAGAACUGGAGAACAAUUAUCGACUAUAGUCGCAUUAGUUGUCGUUCAGACCAAGUUUUGUUUUUUAAUCAGCAGGUGAUGCAAUACAUAAAAAUCGUGGGAACGCAAAACACAAUCAACAGUGAGUUUCACAUCAUAUCCUUUGAAGCUUAUUUCAAAAAUAAUGUUCCUUCAACCACAAAUGGCAUUAUCUGCCCAAAUUAUAAUGUUGCAACUUUAGACAAGAAAGCGCUUGUCAUUAAAGGAGAAAAUCCUUCCGUUUUGUUGAAUGGUAAUGUACAUGAUUACGAUGGGAGUAGAGGCUAUUCCUGGCAUAGUAUAAGCAGUGGAAAUCUCACCAUCCAACUGGCACAACCGUACAUAAUUUCAACAAUGAGACUUUUAUUAUGGGACCGCGAUUCGAGACGCUAUAGAUAUUUUGUUGAAACUUCCAUCGAUAAUUCAGACUGGGAGAUUGCCGUGGAUCUAAGAAACCAAGAUUGCACAUCUUGGCAGAAUCUUCGUUUUAAAGAGAGAGUCGUGGUUUUUAUUAGGAUAACGGGGACUCUCAACACUGCUAACACGGAGUUUCAUGUGGUUCAUUUCGAAUGUCCUUCCGCGGUGUGAUGAAAAUAAACCAGAGAUUUAGUGACUACUGCAAACUUGAAACUGAUGCUUUACGUGACAAGUAAUAAUAGAAUUAUUUAG